AUGUUCAACGUUCAAACUCUCGCCGGCUCAUCGGCAACAACAUCGACACCGGCGACUUUCAAUCCAACACCCGGCAUCGAUCAAAAGGAAACAAAACCUGAUCUUUUCAAAUGGGAAGUGCCAACCAUUACCACAUCGGCAACUGCAGCCACACUUGAUCCACUUGGUGCAACUUCGCAGUCACUCGUCUCGCACACUCUAGCCGCUCAGAAUGGAGGCUCGUGGACCGAUCAUUUACCCUUAUUGGCAG